AUGAAGAGGGCUCUGCUAUUUGCAUUUGCCGUUACAGUGGUCAAGUGCUCUUUUGAGGUUAGCGAUGUCAACAAAAAAUAAAUUUUUUUAGAUUUACUGGAAUGUCCCCGAUCACAUUUGUCCCAAUAAUCGUGUCGAAGAUUAUGGGAUAAUCGUCAACGAAGGCCACAAGUUCGAUGGGGAAAAGAUUGUCAUUUUCUACGAGGAGCAGCUGGGAUUGGUUCCAUUUUGCGCUCACGAGAAGAGCGACAAGAAAUGUUAUUCGUCGACGAACGAAUGCAGAUAUCCGCGGAACGGCGGAGUGCCGCAGGUGAGGUUGGCCAGGUUUUGUAACGGGCAUAGAUCACAUAUCACUUCCUGAAAGUUUCAGCUUACGCUUUGCAGGGGCUGUGGAGAUAUUCAACGAUCCUUGCGGCCAAGGGAGUACAGUACGCUAAACGCGGAGAGAGUUCAGAGAGAAAAACACUUUUUUGGCCAUAAUUUUGGUAAUUUCGUGCAGAAAAAAUUGAUUUUUUUUUUGGAAACAUUACCCUUUACGGUAGAAAAAGAAAUGAAACUUUUCCUGGCAAAAUUCGCAGAAAAAUAUUGCAAAACCAAAACUUUGACAGCAAGCACCGCUAACAAAAGGGAAGUACCCCAAGUGCGACGCUUAGAUUUUCAUCAAAUUUUGCACACACCUUGGGCAUACACUAAAUAUCAAUUCCUGAAAGUUUUAGCUCGCGCUUUCCAAGCGCCACCGAGAUAUUGAACGAUCUUUGCCGCCGAGAGAGUACAGUAAACGCGGAGAGCGGUCAGAGAAAAAAACACUUUUUGGCCAUAACUUUGAUUGUUCCAUGCGGAAAAAAUUGAUUUUUAGUGGAAACAUUACGGUAGAAAUCGGUAUGAAACUUUUCGUGCCGAAAUUUGGCCAAAAGUUUAAAAUUUUCGCCGGCUUUGCGAUCUAAAAAUCUCGGUUGUUUCUGCAAAGCGCGAGCUAGGAUUCUCGCAUAUAUUUUUUAAAAAAUUAUUCUAAAUUUGUGCCAAGUUUCAUCAAAAUCUGAGCGUCACACUUGGGGUACUUCCUCUGUAAGUACCGAAAAUUAAUAUAGUCGCGCCAUAAAGUCCGUAGAAUUUUUUUCGCCGACGUCGCGGGUUCAAUCGCCGAAAAGUGCAUGUCGCUAGUGCAAAAACGAGGAAUCGCAACGGUGCGUGCGAAAAAAAGGGAAAUUAAAUAAUGCACUGUGCAAAAUUCUACGGACUUUAUGUCGCGCCUAUUAUAUAAAAAAAGCGAUUUCAAACUUGAGCCUUCGCCCAGGGCUUACAAGGGAAGUACCCCAAAUGCGAUGCAAAGAUUUUUCCCUUAAAAUUUUUAUUUUUCCCCUAGAACCUUUCCUAUUGCAGAACGCGGAUCUCAACGCCCAUUUGAAGAAGGUUGUCCUAGAUGUUGAGCUUUUAAUUCCAAACAGAGAUUUUGACGGCAUCGCUGUGAUUGAUUACGAAUGCUGGCGACCAAUUUAUGAAUACAAUUAUGGCGGAAGGAGUGUUUAUCAAAAAUAUUCGAUUGAAUUGAUCCGAGAGAAAUAUGGAAUCAACGACACGAGUGCGGAAAGAUUAGCGAGAUACGAGUUCAACAGCGCUGCAAAGUGGGUUUCAUUUUUUUCUUUAAAUUUUUUUUGCAAAAACCUGAGAGUUAAGUGUAGGAUGAAUAGGACUAUAUAAUUGAUGAUAUUUACCCCCAUUUUCAGACGUUUCUUCAUUGAGACGCUAAAGUUGGCCAAAAGACUGCGGCCAUUUGCCAAAUGGGGAUAUUGGGAGUAUCCCCUGUGCAAUUAUGACGCCGGCUACGAUGGGAAAACUGACUGUUUGGCGUCGUUUAGAGUCUACAAUGAACAGUAAGUUGAAAAGAGGGGUAGUUUAUCGCGUUUGUGACUGCUAAAAAAAUAAAUAAAAAAUUUUUUUAUUCAUUUUUUUUGAAAAAUUCGAAAAGUUAAAAAAUGUGCAACAUAAUAUUUCCGCAAAAAAAUCAAGUUUUUUCGAGCGGAAAUUGCGUUAGAAAAAAAAAUGUUUUUUGUCUCGCCCACCCUCCUCAUUUUGUGUGUUCUUUCGGAAAAAGAUUGCGUUAUUGUUGUGGGUGUAAAUUACGAGAUGAAAUUUUCAUUGACUUUUUUGUGGCAUGUAGAUGUACCAAAUUAAAAAAACAAAUCGAAAAGUGUUAAACUUGGAGACCCAAAAAAAAUUUUCUCAAUUUUUUUUUCAGAUUGCUGGAUCUAAUGGCGAUACAGGACGUUCUGUUUCCACGGGUCUAUUUUUCAAGCAAUCGACGUGAAAAUCACACAAAUUCCAAACAGACGAUUGCACGGAUGAAGGAAGCGUUGAGGACGAACAUGCUGACAUUCCAGGCCAGGAAACCAAUUUAUGCCUAUGUUAAGUUUGCGUACGGAGAAGAUGAAGAGUUCUACUCUGCGGUAAGGAAUUUGAAAAGCUCAAAACUAUGAGGAAUUCGAUUUCAUUAGUUAAGACUUGGGAAAAAAUGGAUCAAAAUCGCAAAAAUUGUGUUUCUAAGGCCCUUAGGGCUCGCUAUUUUGUAGGCAUGUCGCUUUUUAUUGCUAAACAGUCCUAUAAAAUUUGUAGUUAUAAUUUUUAUAGAGUUUAUUAAGGGCAAUUUAGAAAAAUUGGCUGUUUUUAAAAUGAAAAAUCAAAAUUGACGAUUGCGGGAAAGUCUCGGUUUCAUAAAAGCCCUGAGGGGAAAAUAAUGAAAAAAUCGUCUGGUGGAAAACUAGAAGCUUUAUAGAUCCGAAAAAAUCAAUUUUUCUAAAUUUUUAUCGAUUACUCCCCAAGGUAUUUGCUAAGAAAAUCUUCCGGGCCCGGCUGGUAUACCUAGUAUAAUAUCGGCCCCGUUUUGGCUGAAAAAAAAGUCGGAAAUGACAAUUUUGAUACGAAGAGAGAUUACGGAGAUUCAAAAAGACGUUGUCGUUUACAAACACAUCAUACGAAUAUAUUUUUUAGGAAGAUAUUUGCAACUCUUUCCAUCUGCCUUUACUUCUCGGCGCGGAUGGAGCGAUUGUUUGGUCGGGAAGUAAGAACAUGCAGAAAAGAUGUGAUUCCAUUGCGGCAUAUGUUCAAGACAUGUUUGGGCCGUAUUCUUCGGCGUUUCUGAGCAUGAGCAGAAGGUAAGUCGGCGUCGCCAAAGCCUUGUGAAACACAGUUAAAAAUACACUUUUUGUCCUUUGGAACCUUGAAAAACCACUUAUUUUGGGUCACCCUAUAUUAUGUACAUUGGAAACGCGAAUGUAACGAUCUUUUAUGCCUUCAGGUGCUCCGUUCACCACUGUAAUGGCCAUGGACUUUGCACGAAUCUGCGGUACGCCGAGAAAUUGGAGUCUUGCACUUUUGCCAUACCAACACAAGUUUUUUGUAAAUGUGACGACGGGUAUUACGGACGAUAUUGUCAAGAAUCUAUUUAUUAUAAUGGACGUGAAGUUCAAAAAGGAUUGUAUAAUGCAUAA